CAGAGACUACCAUGGCAAGCACCCCUUCUCUUCCAAUGACAGAGACAUCCACACACAAUGCGAUAUCACCUUCUUCAGGGCAUACCACAAUGGAAACAGGUAACAGUGAGACAACCUCAGCAACAUCCUCUCCACCGGCAACGGUGCCCAGCUCUUCCGCCCAGAGCACCUUCUUCACUUCCGUCUCUCACACAAGCCUUUCUGAAAGCACAACGGAGGAAACGACUCUCUCAGGAACGGGGACUACUCCAACUUCAGCAGAAUUGACCAAGAGUGAAACAACAUUGUCAAGAACACCCUCUGCGUCUGCUACAUCUGAAACAUCCACCAGUGAGACAGCGUCUACAAGAGCUACUCACUCUGCAGUUGUUUCAACCUCUUCCAGGGAGAUAACAAGAAGUGUCUCUCUCCCAACACUACCUGAAACUUUCACCAGUGAGACAACCCUAACAACAACUUCUCUUCCCCUGACCUUUAGUGAAUAUACAAACAGUGAGACUCCCAUGGCAACCUCUCUUCCGGUCCCGAGCACAGCCGAAAUUUCCACAAGGGAGGAAAGUCUGACGACUGCUUCCGAGUCAACUCUGACAGCAUCGUCCAGUGAAAGUCCCAUAAGGACAACUGUCACACACCCCGCGGUGUCUGAAUUCACCACCAAUGGGACAACGGUGACAUUGGUUCCACCCCAUCCAACUGGUACUGAAUUCACAAGGACAGAGACUACCAUGGCAAGCACCCCUUCUCUUCCAAUGACAGAGACAUCCACACACAAUGCGAUAUCACCUUCUUCAGGGCAUACCACAAUGGAAACAGGUAACAGUGAGACAACCUCAGCAACAUCCUCUCCACCGGCAACGGUGCCCAGCUCUUCCGCCCAGAGCACCUUCUUCACUUCCGUCUCUCACACAAGCCUUUCUGAAAGCACAACGGAGGAAACGACUCUCUCAGGAACGGGGACUGCUCCAACUUCAGCAGAAUUGACCAAAAGUGAAACAACAUUGUCAACAACACCCUCUGCGUCUGCUACAUCUGAAACAUCCACCAGCGAGACAGCGGCGACAAGAGCUACUCACUCUGCAGUUGUUUCAACCUCUUCCAGGGAGAUAACAAGAAGUGUCUCUCUCCCAACACUACCUGAAACUUUCACCAGUGAGACAAACCUAACAACAACUUCUCUUCCCCUGACCUUUAGUGAAUAUACAAACAGUGAGACUCCCAUGGCAACCUCUCUUCCGGUCCCGAGCACAGCCGAAAUUUCCACAAGGGAGGAAAGUCUGACGACUGCUUCCGAGUCAACUCUGACAGCAUCGUCCAGUGAAAGUCCCAUAAGGACGACUGUCACACACCCCGCGGUGUCUGAAUUCACCACCAAUGGGACAACGGUGACAUUGGUUCCACCCCAUCCAACUGGUACUGAAUUCACAAGGUCAGAGACUACCAUGGCAAGCACUCCUUCUCUUCCAAUGACAGAGACAUCCACACACAAUGCGAUAUCACCUUCUUCAGGGCAUACCACAAUGGAAACAGGUAACAGUGAGACAACCUCAGCAACAUCCUCUCCACCGGCAACGGUGCCCAGCUCUUCCGCCCAGAGCACCUUCUUCACUUCUGUCUCUCACACAAGCCUUUCUGAAAGCACAACGGAGGAAACGACUCUCUCAGGAACGGGGACUGCUCCAACUUCAGCAGAAUUGACCAAGAGUGAAACAACAUUGUCAACAACACCCUCUGCUUCUGCUACAUCUGAAACAUCCACCAGCGAGACAGCGGUGACAAGAGCUACUCACGCUGCAGUUGUAUCAACAUCUUCUACUGAGAGUGCCAUCACAACAAAUAUGUCACACACAACAGUUCCUGAAUUCAUUACCAGUGCCGCACCCCCAACGACAACUCCUCCACAUCUGACUUUAACAGAAUUCACAGGCCGUGAGACUACCAUGGCAACUAGCUUUCCUGUACAAACGACUUCAGAAUCUACCCAGGCUGAGACCACAAUAUCAACAACUCUCUCUGUACCUGUUACACCUGAAAUCUCCACCCUUGAGACGAACUCUACCAUGGCCACCUCACAACCACCUCUGACCACCCCUUCCUCUCAGAGCCCUUCAGUGACGUUUCCCUCCCACUCAGCUGUGUCUGAGUUCACCAGAAAGGAGACAACUUUGGCAACAAGCAUUGUAAAGACAACUGGGCGCUAUUCAACCAUGUCUGAAGUCCCCAGUAAUGAAACAACACUCACAACAAGUCUUUCCGGGAGAACGGUUCCUGAAGUCACAAGGUCUUCCACACUCUCUGAGGCAGCUACAGCAGAAAGCUCCACCCGUGAGACAAACUUGACAACAGUCACAUCCCAGCCAACUGUCGUGACAUCUUCCACGGAGAGUAGCACAAUGGCAUCUGUGUCCCAUACAACCCUACCCGAAUUCAGCACCAAUGAGAGAACAAAGGCAACUAGUCCUUCCACCAUUAUGACUGAAUUCCCAAAGAAUGAGACCACCGUAGCCUCAACUCUCUAUGUCUCAGCAACACAAGCAACUCACAAUCGAACAACACUGGCAACAACUCUUUCUGCGCCUGCUACAAGUGAAAUCUCCACCAGUGAGACAAGCUUGACAACAGCCACCUCUCAGCCCAUUGUGCCAACAUCUUCCAUCGAGAGUAGCACCAUGACGUCUGUUUCCCAUGCAACCGUACCUGAAUUCACCAGCAAGAAGUCAACCGUGACGUCGGCCCCUCUCCAUCCAACUCCGACUGAAUUCACAAGUACUGAGAGUACAGGAGUAACAACUCUUUCUGUCCCUAACACAGAGGAAUUCAGCAGCCAACAGACAACUUUGACAACAGUCUCUCCUCAGCCGCCUGUGACCACAUCUUCCACUGAGUCCACCGUAAAGACAAAAGAGUCCUAUCCAACCAUAUCUUCAUCCACCACCAGCGAGACCGCCCUGACAACAACACUUUUCUACUCAAGUCCUCCGGCAUCCACCCACCAUGAGACACUGCCAACGACAACCCGUUUUUUUCCCAGCCCAACCAAAUCCACCGGCCAUGAGGAAACGUUGGCCACGGCUGUUUCUUCUCCUACCGCCGCAGGGUCCACCCCCGGCAUCUCUCGCACAGUGAUGACGUCCGAGCCAGCAACAAGUCAAGUGUCUUCUACAAGGUCCAUGGCGCCUCCUCUUUCCAUCUCGACAGGUUCUUUGGUUCCCACGAGGAAACCCAGCACCGUGACCAGCCAUGUGACCCAGACGCAGUCUAGCAGCACAAGUAGUUCCAUGACUGUGCCAACCAAAAUCCCAGGCACCAGCAACCACCCCGCAAACACCACUGGCACCACAACCUCUGCGGUUCCCACCACCACGCUGGAGACCCUGAGGUGUCAGAAUGGAGGGACCCCCCUUGCGAACAAGUGUCUCUGCCUUCCGGUAUUUACAGGGGAGCUGUGCGAAACGGUGAUGAACCACAUCAACAUUGACAUGGUGAAGGCGGAGAUCAAUGUCACCGUGGUGGUGACGAACAGGAACUUCUCUGAAAGCAUGGAGGAUCCAAUGUCCACAGAGUUCCAAAAGUUUGUGGACAUCUUCCGUACCGAGAUGGACCCGAUCUACAGGGAGACGGUGCCUGGGUUCCUCAGCAUCGAGGUGAUCCAGCUGAGCAAUGGCAGCGUGGUGGUGGAUCACCGCGUGGUCCUGUACAUGCCCUACGCCAACUACACCAGUGUGUACACCCAGGCCGUGGCCAACGUCAGAGUGCGGCUGAACGCCACCAAUUGCACCAGCGCCUCUCCGGAUAAAUUGUGCUUUAAACCUGGAGCCACGCAGGUCAACUCGGUAAAUCUGAACAUAGCAGCGGUCUGCAAGAACGACUCCAUCAUUCCCACGGCGUACCAGAAAUAUUACUUCCCACUGAAUGUGAGCAACGGGCUGAUGUGCGUUUCCAACUGCAGCAUCCACAACCCCUACGGCCCCUUCUGCAAAGCAGGGGAGCAGUGCUACCUCGGGGCUCAGGGACCCCAGUGCCAUCAGCUGACCACGACAGUAGCAGGGACCCAGUCGACGCCAACAACAGCUGAGUUCACAGCACGGGAGACAGCACACAGCACAGCGGUUCGGUCCAGCACAGAGCCACGGAGCUCAGCCACGGCUCCCGUCCCAAAGACGUCUGUAGCCACCACAGAGAGAAGCACACACACGACUUCUUCAGAGACAGCUACAGGAGAACAUCUGACGACUGCUUCCCAGUCUCCUCUGACAGCAUCGUCCAGUGAAAGUGCGAUAAGGACGACUGUCACACACCCCGCGGUGUCUGAAUUCACCACCAAUGGAACAACGGUGACAUUCGUUCCACCCCAUUCAACUGGAACUGAAUUCACAAGGACAGAGACUACCAUGGGAAGCACUCCUUCUCUUCCAAUGACAGAGACAUCCACACACAAUGCGAUAACACCUUCUUCAGUGCACCCCACAAUGGAAACAAGCAACAGUGAGACAACCUCAGCAACAUCCUCUCCACCGGCUACGGUGCCCAGCUCUUCCACGCAGAGCACCUUCUUGACUUCUGUCUCUCACACAGCCCUUUCUGAAAGCACGAUGGAGGAAACGACUCUGGCAACAACGGUUUCUGCUCCAGCUUCAGCAGAAUUGACCAAGAGUGAAACAACAUUGUCAACAACACCCUCUGCGUCUGCUACAUCUGAAACAUCCACCAGUGAGACAGCGGCGACAAGAGCUACUCACUCUGCGGUUGUUUCAACCUCUUCCAGGGAGAUAACAAGAAGUGUCUCUCUCCCAACACUACCUGAAACUUUCACCAGUGAGACAACCCUAACAACAACUUCUCUUCCCCUCACCUUUAGUGAAUAUACAAACAGUGAGACUCCCAUGGCAACCUCUCUUCCAGUCCCGAGAACAGCUGAAAUUUCCACAAGGGAGGAAAGUCUGACGACUGCUUCCGAGUCAACUCUGACAGCAUCGUCCAGUGAAAGUCCCAUAAGGACGACUGUCACACACCCCGCGGUGUCUGAAUUCAUCACCAAUGGGACAACGGUGACAUUGGUUCCACCCCAUUCAACUGGUACUGAAUUCACAAGGACAGAGACUAGCAUGGCAAGCACUCCUUCUCUUCCAAUGACAGAGACAUCCACACACAAUGCGAUAACACCUUCUUCAGUGCACCCCACAAUGGAAACAAGCAAUCAGACAACCUCAGCAACAUCCUCUCCACCGGCAACGGUGCCCAGCUCUUCCACGCAGAGCACCUUCUUGACUUCUGUCUCUCACACAGCCCUUUCUGAAAGCACGAUGGAGGAAACGACUCUGGCAACAACGGUUUCUGCUCCAGCUUCAGCAGAAUUGACCAAGAGUGUAACAACAUUGUCAACAACACCCUCUGCAUCUGCUACAUCUGAAGCAUCCACCAGUGAGACAGCAGCUACAAGAGCUACUCAAUCUGCAGUUGUUUCAACCUCUUCCAGGGAGAUAACAAGAAGUGUCUCUCUCCCAACACUACCUGAAACUUUCACCAGUGAGACAACCCUAACAACAACUUCUCUUCCCCUGACCUUUAGUGAAUACACAAACAGUGAGACUCCCAUGGCAACCUCUCUUCCGGUCCCGAGCACAGCCGAAAUUUCCACAGGGGAGGAAAGUCUGACGACUGCUUCCGAGUCAACUCUGACAGCAUCGUCCAGUGAAAGUCCCAUAAGGACGACAGUCACACACCCCGCGGUGUCUGAAUUCACCACCAAUGGGACAACGGUGACAUUGGUUCCACCCCAUCCAAAUGGUACUGAAUUCACAAGGACAGAGACUACCAUGGCAAGCACUCCUUCUCUUCCAAUGACAGAGACAUCCACGCACAAUGCGAUAACACCUUCUUCAGUGCACCCCACAAUGGAAACAAGCAAUCAGACAACCUCAGCAACAUCCUCUCCACCGGCAACGGUGCCCAGCUCUUCCGCCCAGAGCACCUUCUUCACUUCCGUCUCUCACACAAGCUUUUCUGAAAGCACGACGGAGGAAACGACUCUCUCAGGAACGGGGACUGCUCCAACUUCAGCAGAAUUGACCAAGAGUGAAACAACAUUGUCAACAACACCCUCUGCGUCUGCUACAUCUGAAACAUCCACCAGCGAGACAGCGGCGACAAGAGCUACUCACACUGCAGUUGUAUCAACAUCUUCUACUGAGAGUGCCAUCACGACAAACGUGUCACACACAACAGUUCCUGAAUUCAUUACCAGUGCCGCACCCCCAACGACAACUCCUCCACAUCUGACUUUAACAGAAUUCACAGGCCGUGAGACUACCAUGGCAACUAGCUUUCCUGUACAAACGACUUCAAAAUCUACCCAGGCUGAGACCACAAUAUCAACAACUCUCUCUGUACCUGUUACACCUGAAAUCUCCACCCUUGAGACGAACUCUACCAUGGCCACCUCACAACCACCUCUGACCACCCCUUCCUCUCAGAGCCCUUCAGUGACGUUUCCCUCCCACUCAGCUGUGUCUGAGUUCACCAGAAAGGAGACAACUUUGGCAACAAGCAUUGUAAAGACAACUGGGCGCUAUUCAACCAUGUCUGAAGUCCCCAGUAAUGAAACAACACUCACAACAAGUCUUUCCGGGAGAACGGUUCCUGAAGUCACAAGGUCUUCCACACUCUCUGAGGCAGCUACAGCAGAAAGCUCCACCCGUGAGACAAACUUGACAACAGUCACAUCCCAGCCAACUGUCGUGACAUCUUCCACGGAGAGUAGCACAAUGGCAUCUGUGUCCCAUACAACCCUACCCGAAUUCAGCACCAAUGAGAGAACCAAGGCAACUAGUCCUUCCACUAUUAUGACUGAAUUCCCAAAGAAUGAGACCACCGUAGCCUCAACUCUCUAUGUCUCAGCAACACAAGCAACUCACAAUCGAACAACACUGGCAACAACUCUUUCUGCGCCUGCUACAAGUGAAAUCUCCACCAGUGAGACAAGCUUGACAACAGCCACCUCUCAGCCCAUUGUGCCAACAUCUUCCAUCGAGAGUAGCACCAUGACGUCUGUUUCCCAUGCAACCGUACCUGAAUUCACCAGCAAGAAGUCAACCGUGACGUCGGCCCCUCUCCAUCCAACUCCGACUGAAUUCACAAGUACUGAGAGUACAGGAGUAACAACUCUUUCUGUCCCUAACACAGAGAAAUUCAGCAGCCGACAGACAACUUUGACAACAGUCUCUCCUCAGCCGCCUGUGACCACAUCUUCCACUGAGUCCACCGUAAAGACAAAAGAGUCCUAUCCAAACAUAUCUUCAUCCACCACCAGCGAGACCACCCUGGCAACAACACUUUCCUACUCAAGUCCUCUGGCAUCCACCCACCAUGAGACACUGCCAACGACAACCCGUUUUUUUCCCAGCCCAACCAAAUCCACCGGCCAUGAGGAAACGUUGGCCACGGCUGUUUCUUCUCCUACUGCCGCAGGGUCCACCUCCGGCAUCUCUCGCACAGUGAUGACGUCCAAGCCAGCAACAAGUCAAGUGUCUUCUACAAGGUCCAUGGCGCCUCCUCUUUCCAUCUCGACAGGUUCUUUGGUUCCCACGAGGAAACCCAGCACCGUGACCAGCCAUGUGACCCAGACGCAGUCUAGCCGCACAAGCAGUUCCAUGACUGUGCCAACCAAAAUCCCAGGGACCAGCAGCCAGCCUGCAAACACCACUGGCACCACAACCACUGCGGUUCCCGCCACCACGCUGGAGACCCUGAGGUGUCAGAAUGGAGGGACCCUCCUUGCGAACAAGUGUCUCUGCCUUCCGGUAUUUACAGGGGAGCUGUGUGAAACAGUGAUGAACCACGUCAACAUUGAUGUGGUGAAGGCGGAGAUCAAUGUCACCGUGGUGGUGACGAACAGGAACUUCUCUGAAAGCAUGGAGGAUCCAAUGUCCACAGCGUUCAAAGUGUUUGUGGAAAUCUUCAUUGCCCGGAUGGACCCGAUCUACAGGGAGACGGUGCCUGGGUUCCUCAGCAUCGAGGUGAUCCAGCUGAGUAAGGGCAGCGUGGUGGUGGAUCACCGCGUGGUCCUGGAUGUGCCCUACGCCAGCUAUGCCAGUGUGUACACCCAGGCUGUGGCCAACGUCAGUGCGCGGCUCAAAGCCACCAAUUGCACCAAUAGCUCGACCAGCACCUCUCCAGCUGAGGGGCAGGAAUUGUGCUUCAAAGCCAACGCAACGCACGUCAACACGGUCCCCCUGAUGAUGGCAGGUGUGUGUCUGAACAACUCGAUCAUCAGCCAGGCCUACCAGAAAUACUUCCUGCCCGUCAAUGUCUUGGGGCAGCUGAUGUGCGUCUCCAACUGCAGCAUCCACCACCCCGACACCUAUGCCUGCAACGGCCGGGGGUACUGCUACAUCCAGCUGGGGGGACCCACCUGCUACUGCCAGCACUCGGAUUGGUACUGGUUCACGGGCAGUCACUGCGAACAAGUCGUGAGCAAGGUGGGCGUAGCAGUGGGGGUGGCGCUCGGCCUGGUCGUGCUGCUGCUGGUGAUUCUUGUCCUGGCCAUCUGCCUUGCCUGGCGUCGGCACUGGAGUGGCAAGCACAGUGUGGCAGACCUGGAGGAGAGUCAGGAGAAGUGGUACAACGACAAGGAGUGGGAGUGGAACACGCCACCCCCGGGAAUCACUGCCAGGACCCCGACUGCACCCAGCUGGACAGGUAACAUCCCAGGGACUGAGGGAGGCACUGGCAGCCACAGAGUCUCCUCAUCCUUCCGGCCUUCCCUGGACAAAGUAGACACGUCUCUGCAGACGCAAAUUGCCCGGCCCCAGGUGACCCGUAUCUGAGUCCCGGCAGCUGGUCUGGCCUGCGACAUCCAGGACUGAUCCAGCGGCCGUAGCUGUUGGAGGAGGCUGCUCCCCGGGGAUCUGCACCCGUCAGACCUGCGGAGCUGAGGCCGGGGGGCCCAGGCCGGACGUGAACCCGGAGCCACCACCAGGCCAGUCACUCUCUGCUGCCAAGACCCCCCCGUGGGGCAGGGACGCAGCGGAUCCGGGACUGGACACUGCUGAGCUCCCGGGGACUGGCAGGCACCAAGCCGGCCGGGAUUGGGACAGUGCUGCUGUUGGUGGUGGUGGGACACUGGGCACUGGGCCAUGGGGUCAGGGCAGUGGGGCAGGAGGUGGUAGCGUCCCCAGCUCUGCCUGCGUCUGGGGGCGGGGCGUUCCUCUUUGGCAGCCAGGUGCCAGGUGCACGGGUGGAGCUUUCCCAGGCCCUGGCUGGCCGCACUGAGGUUGUUUGCACAGCGGGUUCAGCAGAUCGUUUGUCAAAGAGGAAGAAUGGGCAGGCCAGGAAGGUGCUGGCUGGCACCAAGCCCCUCUGCUGGCGAUUUCCGGGGUGGGGGUGUUGUUGAUUUCCAAUUGUUUCCUUUGCCUGGAGCAAACAGGGGCGGGAUGGAGGUAGGGGGAACGGGGGCUGCGUUCCCAAGGGGUGAGGCCAGGGGACCCAGGCAUCCAGAGGAAGUGAGGAUGGCCCAUUUCCAGCUGGGAGGAGGUUCUCAGUGAAGACAGGGGACCCAGGCGUCCGGGGGAAGAAGCCACGCUAUAGCAGAGCAAGGCAAAAGGCAUUGGCCAGGUUCAUUGCUCUGCAGGGGGGGCGCCCCUGGAUCAGAUUUCCCCACCCCCGGGAGGGGGCUGCCUCUCCUCAUGACAGACUCCCCCAAGACAGGACAGCCCCCCCGGAUUUUGCUCCCUGACAGCCCCUGCGGACUGAAAUAAUGUAAGUGUAAGAAAUUAAGCUCUGCUGUUGUGAUUCUCGGAGGGGAAAUAAAGCGGUGAGAAAAUGCCAGGCGUGAGUGGGUUUCCUUGCCCGGGGGUGGGUGUUAUUUUGAGAAUGGGGCUCUUGUUACCUAAGGCUCCCCAGUGAGGAACUGUGUCUCCAGACACAUGCCC